GAACUUCUAAAUAAAUAAACUUUAGACUUUCGAAAAUAACCAAAAAAAAUUACACGUAACGCAAAGGCUCAGGUCCUACAAUCGUAAUAUAAUUUAAAAUUAAAUGUAGUAAAAACUGAGAACAAUCCCCAUCCAAAUUAGUUUUCUUGGGGACCAAUAACGCUAAGAAGGAUUUUCUAGUACAAAAACAUCAGUCAUAUAAAAAGUAAAAAAUAAAUCCCAGAUCUCUUAAAACACAAUAAAAAGCAUGAAGAGAAGAAAAAGUCGUAGAGUAAGCUGCAUGUCAGCAUAAAGCACCUCAAGUUUUCGAGUCAAGUAAAAGUGAAUGAGUACAAGUACAUGUUGACUUGCGUUCUGAUGAAUCGCUUUCGCAACUGUAGUAGAUCGCUGGAAUUGCCAUGGAUACACGUAGAUGGUCACUGUCGACUUGCGGUGAAUGCGAUUUUGUUUUGGAACCACCUCGACGGCCCGGUAAAGAACUAGAACGUCAGAAACCUUGCUUAGGUAUAGACAAACUAAUACAAGAAGAAAGAGAAAAUCAAGAGUGGAAUGUCGCUUUUCAAAAGGCUUUAGUAAACAGAUUGGAGGCUUCGGAGAGGAGACUCACGCUAGAUGAUUAUUUGGACGACGAUGAUGAUGACGAUUCACCUAGUAGGCGAGGAGGACGAAAACAAAAGAGGAAGAAGGAAGCUCAAACUACUGCAAAACCAGCAGUAAAAACUGAACAAGUUGCGGCCGAAUUUCCUGAAGCUCAAGAAGUAUUCAAAGAGAAAAAAUGCGCGUGCUCAAGAAAAAUAAGAAGAGAAGAGCGAAAACGAAAAACAUUCGUAAAGAUAAUGGAAAGAGAACAAAGGAGAUUUGAAAGAAGAAGUAUAAGAGCUCAACAAAAAUACGAAAAAGAUCGACAGAAAGCUUACAAAAAGUGUGAAAAUACGCAACUCGCCAUGGAAAGGGGAUACUUUAAAAAAAACAAAGAUGGUGUUGUGGAUAAAGCGGAAGAGACAUUUAGCGUAUUUAUACAUAUGGAUCCAGCUGAAUGCGGAUGCCAUGCACGAGACAGAUGUGCCACAAAAUUCAAGAAAUGUUUCUUUGUGUUCUGCGUCUGGUUCUACAUUUUCGGAUUCAUCAUCUUCGCCAUUGUCACCUACGUCCUAACAUGGCUUUAGCCUGUAGUGUGCCUGAAGCCUUGUGAUGUCUAUUUUUUUUAGUUUCUGUAUAAUUCUGUUGUUCGAUUACCUUUGUCUCACAUUAAAUGUUUUUGUUCGCAUUUUAUUAA